CCGCAUAUAAACGCAGGCGAGGCUGUCUGCUGCUCGCUCUACACCCGCGGUGGCGUUUCGGUCGCGUGGUUUUUUUCGUUUUCCGCGUUACAUUAAAAAAAAAGCAAACGCGCUUUUUACCCAACCCCGCAGCGAGGUUUUAUUUUUUUUUGUUGUUGCUGGUGGUGGUUGCAGGAGCUCUCCGUUUCAACACCUUCCCUGGACAAUAUAACAGAGAGGGAGAAUUGCCAGACACCCCAAAGGUUGGCUCGCUUAAACAAGGUGGCUGGCGGUGGCGGUGGUUUGCUUUGAUUUUGUGUUACUGCUACUGACUACUACUGACUACCCCGUGGGGGGGGGGGGGGGGGUUGUUCGCGGUGAUGCUUCGUCGUAAGUAGCCGCCGCCGGUCUCGUGUCCGCUUGGUUCAGAUGAAGAAGCGUGCGUCGGAGUGAGCGAGCGAGCCAGCGAGUGGACUGCACGCGCGUUGGUCGCAUUUCAAAGGAGCGAUUGACUUUUUCUUGAGAGGGAGAAAGGAAGAAGGUGCACAGAAGUCUGCGACUCGCGUGCCUCGAAGACCCCACGGGCGGAGCUUGCCAGCUGAUUUUAUUUGUUCGGGCACAUCACAACUGCAGCAGGCGUACAACUUAACUCUGCGUACAGAGGCGGGGGUGGGGGGGGGGUUAGUUAUUUUAAGUUUUCUUUUUUAAUACUAUUUAUUUAUUAAUAACUAUUACUACCACGCGCACACCAACUAUUCCGACUUUUUUUAUGAGUGGACUUUUUCAGCACCUCAAUGCGCCUCGAAGUACAGAUGGCUGCCGACCUGCAGCCCAUCCACAGCGAUCUGCCCACGAGUCCCCUCGCGAUGGAAUACGUUAACGACUUCGACCUGCUCAAGUUCGAGGUGAAGAAAGAGCCCCUGGAAGCAGUCAACGGUAGCGUCGUGCGGCCCUGCAGUAGGGUAGCCGGCUCCCUCUCGUCGACCCCUAUGAGUACCCCGUGCAGUUCUGUUCCCUCAUCGCCCAGCUUCAGCGCGCCCAGUCCCAGCGACCCCAAGACGCACCUGGAGGAGCUCUACUGGAUGAGCAGCUACCAGCAGCUGAACCCCGAGGCGCUGCACCUGUCUCCCGAAGACGCCGUCGAGGCGCUCAUAGGCAGCAGCGGCGCGCAUGCCCCGCACCUACAGCCGGCUUACGACGGUGGGUACCGGCCGACGCAGCAGCAGCAAGCAGCCGGGUCAGCCUGGCCAGCAGCAGCAGCAGCAGCAGCCGCCGCCGCAUCUCAUGGUCAUGGGGGCCACACCACGAAGGACAUGACGCCCGCUGGCUGUCAGCAACAGCAGCCGAUGCCCGGCGCUCAUCACCCGCACGGGCACCCGCAGCACCACGGGCAUCCCGCGCACCCGGGCCACGCGCACGUGGCGCAGCAGGGCAUGGAGCACGAGGGCGCGCAGCAGCACCACCAACACCAGCAGCACGAGCAGCAGCACCACGAGCAGCACGAGGAGCACGAGCAGCACGAGCAGCAGCACCACCAUCACAACAACCACCACCACCAUCACCACCACCACCACCACGCGCUGCACGGCUCGUCGCACGUGGACGACCGCUUCUCCGACGACCAGCUGGUGUCCAUGUCAGUGCGCGAGCUCAACCGGCAGCUGCGCGGCUUCAGCAAGGACGAGGUGGUGCGCCUCAAGCAGAAGCGGCGCACGCUCAAGAACCGCGGCUACGCGCAGUCGUGCCGCUACAAGCGCGUGCAGCAGAAGCACGUGCUCGAGUCGGAGAAGGUGGACCUCAUGCGCCAGGUAGACCACCUCAAGCAGGAGAUCGUGCGCGUGGGCCGCGAGCGCGACGCCUACAAGGAGAAGUACGAGAAGCUGGCCGGAGGACGGAUGGCGGCCGCCGUGCAGCAAGCGGCAGCGGCGGCUGCGGCUGCGGCCGCAGCGGCCGGGCAGCAGCAGCAGCAGCACGCCACAGCGUUCCGCGCCAAGGCGGUGAGCGAGGACGCGCGAUCUCCAGAUUUCCUCAUGUGAUGCGGAGAUGUCCUUCGUGUUUCCUCCUCGCCGCGGGUCUGUCGGUUCGUUCGGCCGCUGCCCGGCUUUAGCCCCGCCGGCGUCACCGACUCAUCCUCCCCGCGACUCGUGCUGCCGACUGCUGCUACUGCCCUGCAGGCUGCUCACUGCGGCUGUUGGCUGAUUUGCCCCGUGGGCCACCGCCACGCUGUCCCCCUGCCAGCCGGGGCCCACUCCGCCGUCACCAUCCUCCCCAGCCAUAGUCCACCCCGACCCCCCUACCACGACCCCCGAGACACACUGCGACCCCCCCCCCCAACCAACCACCCCGUGACCCCCCCCCCCCUUCUCGCCCGACAACUUCGACCAAGUUCUUCAUCAUCCACCACGGCCCCCUACCCCUCACCCCCUGAGCCGGUGGGUGCUUUUGCCAGUGGCUGACUUUACCCCCCCCCAACCUCUAACCCAACCUGACCCUUCCCGAGCCCCCCCCCCAAACCCACCCUCAUUGCCUCGACAGUGUACUUAACGCAUAUAACGAAAAUACCUGUGUAAUUUCUCUCUCAUCAACGUGUAUAAGUUAAACAAUGCCAUCCCAUUGCAUCUUAAAUUGCAUUUCUGGCUCGUGUAGUUAUAAUGAAUGAAACACAUUGUGUGUGUAGCCUUGUACUAACUAACCUGCAUGCGGGACAUGUACGGCUAGACUAUUAUGUACAGGAAAACUCGCGUUGUUUGGCAAUGGAUUUGGGGGGGUUAUCGUUGCGGGUUUUUUUUGGGGGGGGGGGCUGGUAGUGGAGGUGGAGUGGUGGUGGUGGGGGGGGCUAACGUAUGAGAUAGGUGUCUUAUUUGGAUCGCACCUGACCGCCAGGGACUUUGAACUGUGUGGCUGGAACAAACUCACCGCCGCGUGUUACCUGCAGCCACAGGACGCGAUGCCCUUAGGAAGAGGGGGCAUACUAUCUGGGGAGCUGCUGCUGAUGAUGAUGAUGAAGAGGAUGAUGAUGGCAAUGCCCUUUCUCGAAUGGAGAGAGAGAGAGACGUGCGUGAUGGACAAGACUCACGGUCGAACUGGAAUGACCUUUCUCUCCCACAGCCGCGCACUUUUUAACCGAACUGAGAAAAAAAAAUGUUCCGACUGUGAUCGACACAAACUGCAACACCAGAACCAUGAACAAAGCAAUCGCAACAAAAAAUAUAAGGAAACGAAAAAAACGUUGUUGAACGGAACUGAACUUAAAAGCCAGAACGGUUAAUAUUGUUCCAUUAUUUUCUUUGUCGUUGCUGUUUCUUAUUAUUAUUUGUUUCUUUAAUGGAAAACAAACAAAAAAAACUCUAAUGCUGGCCUCAAUGCAGGCCACUGAACACGGGGACCGUUUCCUUUCUUCAAGAUUUACAACACGGAGAACGAGAGGAUGGCGAUUUGAAUACCGCGGGCGUAGAGCGCUAAUUUUAUAUACACGAGUACGCAUUAUGAAGUGUGGUUUUCAUUGGCGUUAUGAUUAAUUUUGUAUUUUACUUGCAGUUGGCCCUGAUCCCCUUCCGCUUCUUCCCUCCCUCCUCUUUACCGCACCUCCUCACCACCUCUUCUGCAUGCUCAGUUUUGUGUCUGCAGUGUGUGAAACACACGCGCGUACUCCGCAAACACACAUACCACCAACCACACUUUGCACACAAGUUUCCACGGCUAUGUGAAUCUUAAUAUUCGAUACUGACACAUACAUUCUGGCCGCAUUACAAUCACUCACAAUCACUCUGGUCGCCGUUCCCUUUACCCACAUACCCCACCUACCUACCUUACCCUCCUACCUAUCUACCCACCCAACUACCCUCUUACCUGCCCACCUACCUUUACACCUAUCCACCACCUACCUACCUCCCUCCCCUUCUACCUACCCACCGACCUACCUUACCCACCUGCCUCUCUACCCAUCCAUCUACCCUUCUACCUUACCCACCUACCAACCCUUCUCCCUUACCCACCCCACCUACCUUACCCACCUCCCCUUUUAAUUUGCUUUGUGCUUUUCCUAAUCUUUUUUAAUAUGCGGGCAUGUUAAGAGAGCUGGGAUAGUUCUGAGCUAGGUUUCGUAUAAAACGCAAUGCACUAUAAGUAAAUAGCGGAGGAUAAUACAAUUGUUUUCAUUUUUUUUAAAUGAGGCUUUAUACAUAUAUAUGAUGACUUUAAUUGUUUGCAAUAUACAGUACCUUUUACAGACUGAGCAUUGGUCGGAAAAAAUGCAUGAAUGCAGUGGAUGUCAUAAAAUAGUGUUUUCAAUUUAAACAAGAACAUUAAUUAUUAGAUUAUACAGCAUUAAGCAAAGUGAAAGCGCGAGAGAGAGAAUUCUUGCUGUUGAAAAUAUUCCACUGUAUUGAAGUCUUGUUUAUUUUUUAGACCAAAGUAAAUAAAUUGAGAAAAAAAGAUUAGGUAGUGUAAUGUGCUAUAUGGGUGUUUAAAAAAAAGUAGCACUGAUGAUUAUGUAAACGUGAGCACGAGAUAAAAAAGAGUAAUAAUAAUUAUUCAUAUUCAUUAUAAUAAUUAUAAUAGAAUUGCAUUGUAGAGACAUGGGUUUGCCCGUCUUGAUGUGAAAAAAAAACAUUUUAAUGUUUGUUCCAACUUUCAACACCAUCAUCAUCACCAUCAUCAUCGUAUAAGACAUUCGCCACCAUCCAUUCCUUUCCGCAACGCCUUGGCAUAUUGCAGCCAGCCAAUUUCAGUAUGUUAAUAAUUACUGAUGUGACACAAGAAACAUAGUGCUUUCAAAGUGUACAAAUCUACAGGGACUAAUUUCCCUCAAUUUCCUGGGAAAGAUUCUAAUAAACGAAGCGGUUGCUGAUGAAUUGAGAAA